AUGAACAACGCUCUAAAGCGGUUCAGCAGUCCAUGCAACAAUGGUCGUGAGGAAGAUCAAACUACACUCACUGUGUAUUUUACAGCGCUGCAGUACCAGCCGAACGCUGAUAGCGAUAGCAGAAAAAGCGACCACGGUUCACUAAUUCAACCGCUAGACGUACUUGACUACUUAAGAGAUGGGAAAUACGUCGUGCUUCCCGAAGACGACUACUCUUUAGAAUGUCUUCAAAGGGAGGCCGAGUUCUACAAUUUACCUAGCCUUGUUGAGAUUUGCUUCUCCAAACGGAGUGUAAAUCAUACGGAUAAACUCGACAAUUCGUCCAAUAGAUCAUCCCGCGUAAAGAUUAACGUUGGCGGAACUGUUUUUGAAACCCUCCUUUCAACUCUCACAAAACACAAGGAUAGUGUGUUCUCGGCAAUGCUCGCUAACCGUCGGCAAGGACAAGAGGAACUCUUCUUCGACAGGGAGUCGGAGCUUUUCCCUAUGGUGAUGGAUUACCUAAGGUAUGGCAAGAUCUCCGCGGUUCCUGUAGAUAGGCAUUCCCAGGCAAAAUUGCGAAGGGAAGCUGAGUUUUAUAAUCUGCCUGGUCUUCUAAAGUGCAUGUUCAAACCCUUUGAUAAAGUACAGUUGGUGGAAGGCGUGAUUGAAGAAUACUGCUUACUGAAUGUAGAGAAAAGUUACAAUGGACGGACCAUAAAUCAGUGCAAGAUUUGCGAUUUUACCGUACACCCCGCUUACCACCCCAGUUAUCUAAUGACAACAUAUAUCGGUAUCGAAAAAGGUGUUGUGGAUGUGACGUAUGGAGUGCCGCUUGGGCAAACCCUUCCUAUGAGCGAAAUAAAAUCCACGACUGGAUCCGUGUCGAGGAUUGAUAGCACCUGCUGCAUUGUUGAAUGGAAUGAUCAUCAAGCAACUCAUCUUCCUAAAACUGCACUACGUUUGAUUGAAAUUCGAUAGUUUUCUGUUGUUUACAUUAUCCGUCAGCAAG